AAAUUGACAAACACCUUAGUUUUGUAGAGACCAGACAUCUAGAAGAGUGAGGGCAUGUGUUCCCGGAGCAACUCGGCCUUCGUGCCGCCGGUGCCGAAGCCGCAGCAGACGAAGCGGCGGCAGGAACAGGAGUCAAGAGGCUGUCGCAGGGGAUCCCGGGCCUCCCGGCGUGCGUUGGCGAAGAGCGAGGAGGUGCGGAGGUACAGCGCGGUGGAGCGUCGUGAGCGCAUCGAGAGAUACCGGAGCAAGCGCAAGCGCCGCAACUUCCAAAAGAAGAUCACCUACGCUUGCCGGAAGGCGCUCGCGGAUAGACGGUGGAGGAUCAAGGGGCGCUUCGCACACGCCGGAGAGGAAGAACAAAAGGCGUGCCUUGCAGAAACGUCAAACCAAGGUUCAAGCAGCACUAGCGGAAGUGCGGUGCCGGAGUGGUGGCCAGCAAUGGAGGAGGCGCUGGCUAGGAAGGAGGAGGUGGAUGGCAUCACUAAGCUCCUCCGCUGUGACCAUGAGAUGCUCGUCUCAUACCUCGGCCUAAACCUCUGCUGUGCUCGUGACCCUUCCAACCAUCCAUCCACCUGAACAAUGUAGUGCAAUCAAACGCCGUCUAUCCAAGGUCACAAGAUUGAAAUCCGAAGUUAAAGAAAAAAAAAGGAGUCGUAUGUUGAGUUUUUCAUUUUUCUAUUUCCAUUUUUGAAAUGAGCUUUUGAUCCAUCUACGGAAGCUGUUAUUUUUUUUCCUUUUUUGAGAUCCUAUGGAAGCUGUAGGAAUUGGAAGUUCUAGCCAACUCAUGGGCCAAAUCAAACUUGGGCUAUGCAUCCCAAAUUGCUGUAUCUUUGCGGAUUAAGAAUGCUUACUUUUUUUAAAGAGA